GGUUCAUUGUGCAUGGAUUCACGACACGACCGAAACUUUGCAAUCGAAGUGAAUUACAUGACGAUGACGAUUCGCAUCGAAUUUUAAACCAAUUUGAGAUUGAUACGCCUCCAAGGAUAUACUUGGUUUGCAUUCAAUAUGAGCAGCAGUAAUUACCAACUCAGUAAUACUGUGCCCGACGACCAACAUAGUAACCAGAAUUCAAAAUUGUGCGGAUUGUGUAACAAUAACAGAAGUAAGUAUUGCUGUCCAAGAUGUGAAAUUCUAUACUGUUCAUUGAACUGCUAUAAAUCCGAAAAACACAGCAGUUGCUCUGAAAAUUUCUACAGAGAAUGUAUUAGUGAAGAACUGGCCAAUCAUGAUGCUGACGAUGAAAUAAAAAAUAAAACUCUUGAAAUUCUUAAACGCAUGCAAAAUGAAGAUUUAGGAAUGCAAUUUGAUGAUGAUGAUGAUUAUAAAGCGGUAUUAGACUCUGAUGAUGGUUCAGAAGGUGAUUUAGAAGAAAGGCUUAAAGACUUGGAUUUAAAUAAUGCAGAUCAGAUGUGGAAUGCGUUGACUGAAGAUGAAAAGAAUGAGUUCAGGUCUUUAUGUAACGGUGGAGAUAUAACAUCUGUAAUACCACUAUGGGAGCCAUGGUGGAUGUACCAUAAAGAAAGAAAGGUGGUGGAAGAUCUGAGCGAGGAGAACAUUGAAGAAAAGGAAGCUCUAAAGAUAUGUCCUGCUUUGAAAUCUGUGAUUUCAUUUGAAAAACUAACAAAAGUUGAGCCAUCACCAGCCAUCAAGAUGAAUAUCGCCAAUGUCUUGGCCUCCUAUGCUUUUGUAAUGAGAUACUUCAAUGGUGAAGUGGAACCUGUUGAAGGAACUUUAUGCUGUCUGAUGAUUUGUGGAAAUUUGGACGCAAACGAAAACUGUUAUGAUUUGGAAACUGCCGUGGCAUCAGCAGCACAAAAAUGUUUACAGAGUGAUUUUAUUGAAACGGAUAAAGAGAGCUUGGAAGUGAUGAAACACGACACAUUCCUAAUAUUACAAGGUCCGAGCCAUGAAAAUAGGGACCACUACAGUAAAGCUGCGCUGUCACAUUUACACGAGAUAUUUAGCGAGGCAAGGAAAACUGAAAGGAGGAUGAAAAAAACGUCUAGUAAUAAAAAUGAGUUUUCUAAAAUAUUUCCUGAUCACAAGCGAGAACAUUUGCCAGCUUUAGAAACUGCUAAAUUGAUGAAAUGUCUAAAAAAGUUAGAGUAUUAUUUGUCUUACGUCCAAAGUUACGGGAUGGACUUUGAAUAAAUGCACUUUGAUAAAGAAA